AGGUCAGGCCCGUUCUUAUUAGGCGCAUUAUUCCGCUGGUCGCCCCUCGGGGUCCCUCGCGACUGAUUCCCUCAGUGCCUCUUCACCUUUUGCACAAUCUGCGCCGACCGACACACGACCACCUUGCGAUCGUGUACAGGUCGAGUCUUCCAGGGAACUUUUACGUUAGCCAAACCUAUCGCUGGGACAUCCCAAUUCAUCUUUUGGCCUCACCAACACCCCCACCCAAGCGCAUCCAACCGCAAUCCCCGGUCCUGUCGCGAGCCGUUCGCUGCUGGAAAGACACCAUCUAACCGACGUCGAAAGUUCCCCGAGCCACUUACACCGCGACGGGCUCGCUCUAGAGACAAUAUCGAAAAGCAUCGGAACUCAUAUACUCUCAACAAUCGUCACGCACAUUUUAAACUCGAGGAAGAACAAUGUUGCUGCCGUCCGCACUUCCAUGCGACUCGUCGCAAACGCCGCGCUUGACGCGCCUUCAGUCGGCGCUCUUCGCAUCGCCGCCCGCAAGCCCUCCGCACCUCUCGACGCAGCAAGCUAUCGGAAACAUCUUCUCGACAUGUCGUUCUCUGCAGUCCCUCCUCGCCGGGCCCGCGCCGCCUGCCAACACCGGCCCUGAACCCAUCACUCCGCCGACCUCGUCGCGCUCUCAGUUGCUUACUCCGCCGCUGGCGUGCGCGCCGCCUCCGCUCAAACUUCGCCUGCGAUCGCGCAAGACAGACAGCACAACGGGCGACCAUGGCCCGGCGAGAAAGCGCAUCGUGAAGCGCAGCGCAGCAGUCGCGCAGGCGCCAAGGGGACCCAACAAGCGCCGUCGCGCCGCCGACGACGACAUGGGCCGGUGCAGCGAGGAUGACAGCGAUACCGAACAACACGGACCUCUCGGCAAUCCCGUAGAGGGGCAGGACAAAGAAAACGAGGCUCGCUCCGGGCCACAGACACCCAAGCGCUCGAGGCUCGCGCCCGAGGUCAUCCCACUCGGUCUCGAGCGAUCAGAUUACCACAACCUCCACCACUCCUUCCCCCAGAACGUACCGACGGACGGUUCCAGCGAGUACCGACAAGAUGGCACCGAUGUGGUAGUCGAAGCGGACGGCGAGGCAUGGAGCACCGAGGAGGACCGCAUCCUGGUCGAGCUUGUAUUGGAAAAGCUCAAGCUCACCAAGUCGGACUGGCAGGACUGUGCGCGCAGUCUGGGCAAGGACCGCGGGAGCGUCGGGAGAAGAUGGAAGAGCCUCAUGAUCAAUGGAGAAGUCGGGCUCAAGAGGGGCAGUCACAGGAGGGGAAGGAUACACGGGACUUGGAGGUGAUGCUUUUGGUUUCGCGUUUCCCCAUACGCGCGUUCUCUUCUUGGACUACCUAUGCUGUAUUACCUAGUGUACGUGUAUUAAUGCGGUCUCUCUGGCUGGCCUAUCUGUCUACGAUGCGGGA